AUGCCUUCGCCCGUUCCCCUGAUCCGUUAUUUUCCUAGAGAGUUUUCUCCCUCCGUGGAUUUGCGGCCCUGCAGCAGCCCCCUGGAGCUCCCCGGGAAGCGGGGCAAGCUCUUUUUAGAGGGGACCCCCUCCCCCCGGGCUCGGCGGCUGCCCCGGAGGCUGGACUGGUGCUCCAUUGACUGGGAGCAGUUAUACUUUCUGCGGAAGCUGGGGGCUGGGGGGUUUGGCUCGGUCUAUAAGGGGACCUACCGAGGGCUCACGGUCGCGAUCAAGCAAGUGAAGAAGUGCAACAAGAACCGGCUAGCUUCCCGGCAGAGCUUCUGGGCCGAGCUCAAUGUCACCAGGCUGUGCCAUAAAAAUGUGGUGCGAGUCUUGGCCGCCAGCACUUGCACUCCCCCGGGUUACAACAGCCUAGGGACCAUCAUCAUGGAGUACUGGGGGCACACUACCCUUUACGACGUCAUCUACGGGGCCAACUCCGCGCCCGACGACGAGCCCAGUGCCGAGGAGCCCUUGGACUUGGGAAGAUGCCUCCGGUAUUCCCUGGACGUGGUCAAUGGCCUUCUUUUCCUCCACUCUCAAGGCAUAGUCCACUUGGAUCUCAAGCCGGCCAACAUCUUGAUCGGGGAACAAGAGAUCUGCAAAAUUGGGGACUUUGGGUGUUCGCAAAGGCUAGAAGAUCUGUUGGGUCUGAGCUCGCACCAUUGCCACUUGGGCGGUACAUACACACACCGCGCCCCAGAGCUCCUCAAAGGAGAGACGGUGACGGAAAAAGCAGAUAUUUAUUCUUUUGCCAUCACGCUCUGGCAAAUGGUCACAAGGGAAGUGCCUUAUUCAGGUGACCACCAAUACAUACUAUAUGCUGUGGUGGCUUAUAACCUCCGGCCAGCGCUCACAUCCUCUGUCUUCACUGACUCUUUACCUGGCCAGAGACUGGAACACAUAAUCCAGUGUUGCUGGACGGCUGACACAUUGGUCAGACCGAGCUCAGACCUGCUCCUGGAUGAUCUUAAUUCCUUGCACGCUAACUUGGCAGACUUGAAUGCUAGAAGUUAA